AUGUAUUACGGAGUACCUACAAACUACAAGUUACAGCCCCCGAAGCCGGUGCAGGUGCAGAGCAGAUGCAGAUGCAGCAGGUGCACCUCACCCCCGCCUGCCUCUUGUCUCUUGCAUCCGCUUCCAUUUGCACCUGCACCUGCACCUGCACCUGCACUUUUCACGGAUUCCCUUUUUGGCUUCGCGUCUCCUUCAACUGCAGUAAUUGUCCCCGCCUGUCUCUCGGUGCCCUCCGCCAGAAGCAACCAUGAGACAAGCUUUGAUAUCUUCCUCGUUUCCUCACGGUACAAUCUCAGGUGUCUGGUUCAUUUCUAUCCUCAAGAGCUGACUUUGGUGCCAUCGCGCCACGCUUCGGCUAGGCCUGCUCCAUUGCAGGGGAGCAGUGUUCCAAACGACCUUCUAGAACGGACCCAAGAACCAGAGAGGAAUGUCCAGCGCCACUCGCGCCUUGAACGAACUACCUAUCAACCGGAGCAUAUUUGCCAGCUUUGCCAUCCAACCAACCUAGGUACCAGUAUCCAGAACUUCAUCUCCGGGCUGAGUGACACAAGUCAGUACAAGAAAAGCGCCACGGGGGGGACUGCCCAUUACCGCGCUACGAAUAUUUCAACCAUCUCUUCGGCGGGCCCCAGAACAGGCUUGUGGGGGGCUUCGCCGGCUUCCCUCCGAGACCGCCGACCCAAGGGAUCCUCCUCGGGAAACCAAAACGUUGACCCGCCGGCGGGCCAUUCCCCUCCAUCCGACAAGGGCAUGCCGCGAGCGAACCGCCGGGUACAAGGCCAUAGCACCCCCGGUCUAUCCCUCAAGUUCGCCCUCACAGCUCCUACUUCUCUCGAUAACUGA